AUGCAGGUGAAAGAUGAUGGCGACAAGGAACCACUGCUGCCACCUGCAGAGCAGGGUGCUGCACGACCGGAUCCAGAACAGCCUGGUAAGACCGCUGGAGAGACGGAGCAAGAUGACCCAAUGAUAACCUCCUUGCUGAUGUUGGCAAAAGACGGUGGUUCAAUGCAUCGAAAGGAAUACCUCGAUGAAGCUAAAGAAAUCGUUCAAAGCGUCCAAAAUAUGACAAUGAAAUACGGGGAACGUCGUCUGAUCUAUCGCGAAAUGUGCAAACCACAUUGUUUCGGUGACGAAGUUUUCAAUGCCUUCACGUUGUUCAUGUUACGACCAAAUGUUCUCGCGUAUGCGGUGCGGCUGGCGCCGCGCUCAUUUUUCAUCAAUCGAUAUGUCGACUUCCUUCUUGGACUACUCUCGUUUAGUAAUCGUAAUGAGUCAAUCGAAACGCAGAUAACCAAUAUGGAGCAUGUGACACUGAUUGGUGUAGCUAUCUAUGGAAACAAGGACACGGUCAAGAAGUCCACUGAAUACUCGUUGUGGGAAUUAGCAGCGUACGAGUAUAGCCACCAGUAUAAUCAGCAACUCUACAAGAAUGAGACCUUGGUUGAGUUCCUUGUCUUUGGCAACGAAAUACUCAACAUGGAAAUCAAUAAGGCGAAUACAAAACUGUCCCCGUAUUUUGGUGGA